ACAUAUUACAUACCAAUUAAAUAAGAUGUAGAAAAAGUAACACUAGUUACAUUCAAUUAAUUGUAUUAACAUAGUUGACAGUGCAGGUAUUAGGUAUACGAUGCUGUAACGCUGAGUGCAAUUAUAGAGUUGUCCACCAUGGAAGACGGCCUGUUUGACAUUCCUGACUACAACACCAUAGAGGAUGAAGCUUUCCCUCCGCUCCCACCACCUCACUCCCCAGGAGGACAAGAGAACGGAGACCCUUUUGGAAAUGGGGACGGAGACGGCGAUGUGUCCGGGCUGGCGGACGUCCCUGCUGCUAAAAGGAAAGGAGUAAAGAGACCGCAACCCAAGCUGGACUCUCAGAGGCUCCUCUCAGAAAGAGGACUUCCAGCUCUGCGAACACUGUUUGAUAACGUCCGUUUCAAAGGCAAAGGGAAGGAGGCUGAGGACCUGCGGCUGCUCAUGCAGAAGAUGGAGAACUGGGCCCACCGGUUGUACCCCAAAAUGCAGUUUGAAGAUUUUAUUGAGAAAGUGGAGAAGCUGGGCAACAAGAAGGACGUGCAGACAUGCCUCAAACGGAUCCGACUGGAUAUGCCAAUGAUAUACGAAGACUUCAUGGGUGGUGAAGAAGCUCCUGAAAACGACGUCCUCAGGGAGCCAGAUCCUUUUGAAGAGGCGGGCUUUAAUGACCUGCAACGGCCGAUCCACUCCACCCCAGCUCCUGCUGCCCCUCCUCCGAUGGCCUCCCCUCCCACUAUGCCCUCCCAACCCGCACUAUCGUCCCCUCCUUAUUCCUCCCCAGCCGCUCCCUCCCUAUCGGAGGAGCAGCGUCGACGCAUGGAGCUGAACAGACAGCGGGCUUUAGAGAAGAGGCUCUCCCGCCAGCAGCAGCCAACACGUGAGGGUCUAUUUAUCAGUUCAGUGAGGGACAAAUCCUCUACAAAUAAUGCCAACAAACCUCAGCCAAUCACUAUCCAGAUGCCUUUAGAACAAUCAAAAAUCAACCAAUGGUGAUGCUUUCAAGAAUAUGAAUUGCAUUCCCAACAGGCCAGUUGGAGAUUUUUUAAAAUUAUUUUUAUUUUAAUAUAAAACAAAUUUUUUCCUUAAAAAAAGUAACCCUUAACAAUAUAUAGACAUGUAUAAAAGAGAAUUUAAAUAAUACUUAAUUUACCUUGAA